UGACACUUACAUUUUCAGGUUAAAAAAUACUCUCACUUUGUCCUCUCGUACAAUAACAACCGCAACAUGUUUCUAAAAACAAAAUGUUUUAUUUUCACAUCGCGGCGUUUUGUGCAAGCGCUAUAUAUAAAAAAGCAAAAUUCGUGGUCCAAUGUUAAAACUUUACAUCCAAAAUUCGAUUUCGAAUAUCGCUUGGGAAAUCCCAUUGAAUUAGAAAAAAACAUCACGCGUCGUGGCCUCGAGACUCAAAUUAAUAUAAAGCAAAUACGUGACCAAUGGCAAAAAUAUAAAAACUCAAAAUUCAGUUUAGAAACUAUCGAAAAGCAGCGAUUGCAUUUGCAAUUGCUAAUUUCAAAAUCAAAAACUGAGGGGACAUGUGAUGCGAUCAUUGAUAAAUAUUUGAAAGAAGCUCGAGCACUUCGUAUUGAUUUCAAGAGUGCAUGUGAUGAAAAUGAUCAAUUCCAUAAUGACUUUUUGGAACUUCCGAAUAAAUUAUCAUCAAAUACACCUGAUGAACCUGAAAUUGUGUUUAAUUUUGGUAUAAAUUCGACGAAAGUUCAUCCACAUCACUUGACAUAUGACUACUUGAUCGAAUAUGUCAGUGAAACAGCAUAUUAUUUGCAAAACGAAGCCGCAACUUUUGAUCAUAUUUUUUCGAAAAAUGUAUUGAAUUUUUUGUCCUCGCAUGGAUUUAUUCAAUUUAUUAAUCCAGAUUUUGCGAAAACAUCCAUAAUCGAAGCUGGUGGAGUUUCAUUGAAACGUCUAUUUGAAAUUAAACAUAAUUUCCAUGAAAAUUGUACAAACUUGGUCCAUCUGGUUGGUAACGGUUCGUGGUUAAGUUUUCUUGGUUUUAUUGCAAAAACACGCGUCGACGAGGCGAUAUUACCCAUGAAAUAUGUCACUACAGGUCAAAUUUAUCGUUCGACAAAA